GCCUGCUUAUGUAAAUCCAUAGAUGAAUAACACUUUGAUCCUUCCCAUUUCUUCCAACUUACUGAAAGUAACAUUGUCCCUAAUCAAUGAUGACUGCUCAGGGAAGGACAUACACAUCUGCGCCCGCUGAUGGAUCCAGGACGAUUACGCUACACGAUUCGCAGCCACGUCCAGAAGAUGACGCUAGUCAGCCUGGGGUUGCGGGAACUCUUAGAUUACGGGGUGAACCACGCAAAACUCGCCAGCGAGUUGCAUGGGAUGAAGACGUGAUUGACAAUGAGGGAUGCGGAAAGAAAAAGUCAAAGAUCUGCUGUAUAUACCACAAACCUCGACGGUUUGACGAAUCAUCUGAGGAGGAAUCAUCUGAGUCAGACUCUGAUUCAGACUGCCAGCAUAGUAAUUGCCCGCGUCAGAGAAGGAUGCAUCAUCCAGAAGGAAACGGGCACAGCGAUGGACUUGCUACGCGUGACGCCCCUAACAGGGGAGUGAUUCAUGAAGUAGAAGAAGAGGGCUCGAGUGGUAAUGCAUAUGAGCGCAACCCCAAGAAUAAAAGGAAUUAGGUGUGUGGGUUGAAGUAGUAUGGAGCGUUGUUCUGACGAUGAGCAUGUCAAGGUUGUCCGCCGGGCUAUAUAUCCUUGGUACCUUACCUAUAGAUUUGUAGAAUAUAUAAUACCCUUAUUCGCAUACUUUCAGGAGCUGAG